UUUUUGUACGGAACUAUUUAGCGGAACACCCGUUGCAGAAAGAAGCCGCGGAUUUGAUUUUACGCUGCUACCAAGCUAGCAACUAAUGUUUAGUGUACAGCUUGCUUCGUCGCUAAGAAUGACACACUUCUGAAAGUUAAAAGCGGAACUUUUUAAAAAAUUAAAAAUGAACCUUGACCGACUUAGAAAGCGGGUACGGCUGUACAUAGACCAGCAACAGUAUCAAAGUGCUCUGUUUUGGGCCGACAAGAUAGCUUCACUUUCUCAUGAGGAUCCCCAGGAUAUCUACUGGCUAGCUCAGUGCCUUUACCUCACCUCACAGUACCACAGAGCCUCCCAUGCCCUCCGUUCACGAAAACUUGACAAGUUGUACGGCGCUUGUCAGUAUCUCGCUGCUAGGUGCCAUUAUGCUGCCAAAGAGUUCCAGCAGGCCUUGGAUAUCCUGGAUGCAGAGGAGCCCGCUACAAAGAAGUUGCUGGACAGGACUGGGAAGGAGGACGGCGGGACGCCAGAGUCAGCCAAGGAUUGGGACAUGUCCCCAGCCUCAAUCAAUAGCUCUAUCUGCCUCCUGCGGGGUAAAAUCUAUGAUGCCAUGGACAACAGACCACUCGCCACCUCCAGCUACAAAGAGGCCUUGAAACUGGACGUGUACUGCUUUGAAGCCUUCGACCUUUUAACGUCCCACCACAUGUUGACUGCGCAGGAAGAGAAAGACUUCCUGGACUCGCUUCCCCUGAGUCAACAGUGCACUGAGGAAGAGGAGGAGCUGUUACACUUCCUUUUUGAGAACAAAUUAAAGAAGUAUAACAAGCCCAGUGAUUUGGUGGUGCCAGAGAUGGUGAAUGGUCUUCAGGACAACUUGGAUGUAGUGGUGUCUCUUGCUGAGAGACAUUAUUAUAAUUGUGAUUUCAAGAUGUGCUACAAACUCACAUCAAUGGUGAUGGUGAAAGACCCUUUCCACGCCAACUGUUUACCAGUCCACAUAGGAACGUUGGUGGAGCUUGGAAAAGCAAAUGAGUUGUUUUACCUCUCACACAAACUUGUAGACUUGUAUCCCAACAACCCAGUGUCCUGGUUCGCCGUUGGGUGCUACUAUCUCAUGGUCGGCCAUAAAAACGAACACGCUCGCCGGUACCUCAGCAAAGCCACCACCCUGGAGAGGACUUACGGCCCUGCGUGGAUUGCCUACGGUCAUUCAUUUGCAGUGGAGAGUGAGCACGACCAAGCCAUGGCUGCCUACUUCACCGCUGCCCAGCUGAUGAAAGGCUGUCACUUACCCAUGCUCUACAUCGGCCUGGAGUAUGGCCUGACCAACAACUCCAAGCUGGCAGAACGUUUCUUCAGCCAAGCUCUCAGCAUCGCUCCGGAGGACCCGUUUGUCAUCCAUGAGGUGGCAGUGGUCGCUUUUCAAAACGGAGACUGGAAGACAGCAGAAAAACUGUUCCUUGAUGCAAUGGAGAAGAUCAAAGCCAUAGGGAAUGAGGUUACUGUGGACAAGUGGGAGCCUCUGUUAAACAACUUGGGUCACGUGUGUCGAAAACUGAAAAAGUACGACCAGGCUCUGGAGUACCACCGACAGGCGCUGGUGCUGAUCCCUCAGCAUGCCUCCACCUAUUCUGCCAUAGGAUACGUGCACAGCCUCAUGGGUGACUUUGAAAGUGCCAUCGACUACUUUCAUACGGCACUUGGACUGAAAAGGGACGACACGUUCUCUGUGACCAUGCUUGGUCACUGCAUUGAGAUGUAUAUUGGGGACACAGAUGCCUAUAUAGGCACAGACAUCAACGACAAGGUGCGAGGCAGCUUGAACACUCCGGCCCUGAUGAAGAUGCUGAACACGUCGGAGUCGGCCGAGCUCCCCGCCACGCCGAGGCCGGAGGGCACCGGCGUCACGUCCCUGGAAACGCCGCUGUCGAAUCAGGACAAGAUGAUGCUGGAGGCGCCGCUCCGACUGUCGCUGACCCUGGAGUGCGACAUGUACGAGAGCGACAUGAUGUUAGACACCUUGUCGGACACGAGCACGUGAUCUUAUCCUGUCGGGAGGUGGAACUGUCUCAGCGACACGUUGUCAUAGGUGCACGUAUCCAAGCCCAAAGGACGACAUUCAACCCCAAAACUUCAGCAGCUGUCCUCCACCAAAGGUUUCCUGUGGAUUCCCCCCUCUUGUGCAUUGUAUGGUUGUUUCUGUAAGUGGCAAAACAUUGUGGAUGCAGUUGUGAACAUUAUGAGCCUGAGUAAGCGUGGGUGAAUUUUUAUACAGCGCCCGCUGUAUAGCAUAUUAAUUUUACAAGAAUGCACUUUAAAAAAAAAAGGGGAAUUAACAUGUGUGCCUUGGUUACGGGGGGGUUGAGUAUUUGGCUUAGCGUUGGUUUAAGCAUUGGGCCUUGGGUUGAGACGCUGGGGACAUGUGACCCUCUGACACCUGAUGGAACAGCAAACACAGCCGCACACCUCACGCCACCGCAAAGACUACAGUCGCUCCGUGCUGCCCAUGGCAGGACCGUUCAUUUUGCUUAACCUGUGGAUUUUCACUUUGAAUAAAGAGCCAGCGAAACACAAACAGGCCUGGUGGAAAAAAAAAAAAAAAACAUUUUGGUUAUUCUACAAUAAAUUGUUCAGUUAUCUUAAAAUAAUAAUAAUAAAAAUAGCACAGCUGUUUUUUGUGUAUAACACAAUCCAACUAACACAUUUUGUUUUGGAGAUUAAAACUUAUUUUUAUUCCUCUUUUUUUUCUAUUGAUAAAGUUGUUCAUAAUAAUUGAGCUAAGUUGCUUUUAACUUAAAACGGGUCUUAUUAUUGUGACACGCUAUGUACUCACAAACACGUGUUCUAGUAAACCACUUAAAGACUUGAAGAAACGAGAAGUUGUUCUGCAGCAUGGUUUGUGAUGCCUCCAUAUAUUUUGAACCUCAGCGAAAACGAUGUUUACACAUAAGAGAAGGAGCAACAUCAAACCACACAAUACUUGAAUGAAUGAUUUACAUUCAUUAUUGCUAUUAAAAGCAACUCUUACAUAACAUACAGAAAAGGAGAAGGAAAAAUAAAUGACAUCCCAUGACUGCGUCCUCUCACAUGUCAUGCUCCGGUCUAUGGGAGGAGUGAGGUAAUUGCGCCUGACGGGAAAAACGCACCUUCUUCUCCAUCCUCCUCCUCUGACUCUGUCCAUUUAUCACCGGCUCCUGUGUCCAAUGGAGAUCGGCUGUAGUAAACUCAGAAAAAAGAUGGGCUGCACUCCGUCUAAGUCAGCUGGGGUUUACACGGAUGACAGAGUCAGCCGGGACCUGGACACCAGCUCCACGUUCGUCUCCAGCCUGAAGAGCUCCGCGUCGACACCUGAGAGACCCCGGCUGUGCGUGGAGACCGGCGGCGGCAAGAAGGCGCUCCUCAGUGGUGAGUUUAAUUAAUGGAGGUGGGCGAGGGAGUAAGCAUACUGGCUAAAUUCACUUCCAGUGUCUGCUUAACUUUAUUUAUUCAUUUUAAUCAAUCCUUGUCCUAGUUCCAAGUCGGGACGUCCACGGGAAGUCAUUGGGCCAUGAACCCUGGAGCGCGUCCUCCACGGCUCCGUGCGGCAUGAAGCCCCGCAGCCCGACUCGGGACCUGCGCAGUGACACCGAGAAAACAUCUUAACUGGCUCCAAGCUGCUGUUUCAGAGAGAGGGACACUGAGAAAAUAAGACUCAACAAGUGGAGGCCGGUUUAUUCCCACAUGUGGUUGUUUUGUACAAGAAAAAAAAAAAGAUUAAAUACCUACUACUUUUGCGCACUUGUGCAGCGGAGGACAUUUAUUGUUGUUAUUAUCUUUAUUAUUAUUAUUGUUAUGAUAAUGAUCUCCUAUUGGUGAAGCUUAGCUAGAAGCUGUGGUCCUCAACGAAAUAAAUGCGCAUCUGCACUGA